AUGAGCCUGGAGACUGCUGGGGUUGGGCCUGCUGCUGUUGAUCAGGGUGCCUUCUCUGUACAUAGUAUCCUCUACUGGGAGCAGAUGCAACUGAAUUGGUACCAGCAGAAUUUGGGGACUGAGACUGCAUAUAAGGAUUUGAGAAAAAGAGUUGAGCUUGCUGCAAGUUCGGCACUUGUCAAGGACAAAAGUUGCAUUGCUUGGCUCGAAAAGCAACCUCCAAAUUCACUGCUCUAUAUAAGCUUAGGCAGCAUAGCAUGCGUAAAAGAACCAGAGCUAACAGAAACAGCUUGGGGUCUAGCAAACAGUGGUAUUCCAUUUAUAUGGGUUCUUAGAUCAGAUUCUAUAGAUGGAUCUCAGAUGGAAGAUCACUUUCCUGAGGGCGUCAAAGCAUUACUAGGAGAAAGAGGCCUAAUAGUCAAAUUGCUACGGAGAAGACCACUUUCACGUGCCCGUUUGGAACGUUUGCAUACAAACGAAAGCCGUUUGGGUUGUGUAAUGCGCUUGCUAUUUUCCGAAGAUGCACGGUUGAAGGAUUUAUUGAUCUCGCCACCUAUUAUCCAACCUCCUGACUGGAACCUACCAUUCGAUAUCAUGUACGAUGCCAGCGAUUAUGCAGUAGGUGCUAAAGUUAUUGUCUUUUCUGAUCAUGCAGCGUUACGGUAUCUAUUGGUCCAGAAAGAUGUAAAAUCGCAACUGAUAAGGUGGAUAUUAUUGGUACAAAAGUUCGACCUGGAGAUCAGAGAUAAGAACGGGGCGGAGAACCUGGUAGCAGAUCACUUGAGUCAAGUACAAGUCGGCGAAAACGACCUCCCACUGAGAGAAGCAUUCCCAGAUGAGUAUUUAUUUUCUAUUAAUUUAUCUUUGUCUUGGUAUGCGGAUAUUAUUAACUUUCUAGUCAAUGGCAAGUUCCCUGCAGGAUGGCCUAAGGCGAAGAAGGACAAGUUGAGGAGUGAUGCAAAGUCCUACAUUUAG